AUGGCGGGCCGACCGCUACUUCGCAAGCUGAGAUCCCACAACGAGACGAUAUGUCGAACAUGUCGAUUGGCGAUUCGACAGCGACCGACACAACAACGAAUAGUGGCAGCAUAUAGCACCAAAACCACUUCGAAGUUACCGGUCGAUGAUGCAAUUACACGAAAACCCAGCAGAUUCGAGCUGAAGCAAUACCUGGAGCGCAUAAAAUCUCUUCAAAAUCCAAGCAAGGAUGGAAACGAAUCUUUCAGUGUGCGGUUCUUCGAACAAGACGACAAGAAGAGGACUGAGCUUCCUGGAGAAGAUGCUUGGGGCGCAUCAUUUAACGAAGUGGAUACGUCUGGUCUGAAGGAUGCUCUUUUAGAAAUCAAGGACGAUAUCGGUGGCAAGGAUGAGAAAGACGCUUUCCAAAAUGUUGUCGACCAGCUGGGAACCGACUGGCACAAGAUGAAGACCGCAGACGACCUCGAGCGAAUCAUUGCCAAAUUGGACGCCUAUACUGCAGCGGUUGACAAGGAGAUCGACAAGACUGGUGCAGACCUGCCUAAGGAGUUGUUAGAAAAAUUGGAUUCGGAACUCCCAGGGUUGCCAGGAAUGGGAUCACUCGGCUCACGAAUAACGCUGCCACAAAUUCCGGAGAAGCCAUGGACGAUCAAUCAACGCAAGAAGGUUGCUCGUCUCAAUACCGUACUGUCCAAGACUGCCAGGGAUUACCGCCGUGGUGUAAAGCUCACAACGAAGACGGUACAAGGGGUAUUCAAGGCUUACCACUCGGCAAGACUAUCUCUUGCGCACGGCUGGAGUCAUGUUCCUCUCGAAGUCUGGGAUUUGCUGUGGAAGGUAUUCUCGGUUGACGAGUCUGUCAACAUGCAUCGCUUAUCACACAUUGCACUUCUCGCCCGGGACAUGAGCGAGGCCAAGGUCACAUUGAACCCUGCCCAGCAGCUCUUGACGAUUGAGGCUGUUUUUGUAGACGGAUGGGAGUCCAAGGCGAUUGAGAACUGGAAGCGGUGCAUAAGCACGUUGGGUGAUGAGAACGCUGUGACCUUUCAAGAAUUCUGGGAGCUCGGUGUGCGUAUGUACUGUCGCACAGGAGACUUGGAACAGGCUCAGCGAGCCAUCAACAAGCUCAUCCAGAACCAAUCAGAUCCUCGCAUUCUGAUGCCUUUUAUUCGGACGUGGUCUGAACUAGGCACACAGGAGGGCCAGGAGAAGGCUUGGGAUGCAUACCGUCGACUGCGUGAGCUUCUUGGGGAGGACAUGAAGCUUACCGACUAUGACCAAGUUAUAUCCUAUUUCCUUACAACAAACCAGACGGAGAACGCUCUAUAUGCUUUCGUCGACAUGAUGAGCGAUGGCAAAAUCGACCUGAAGAAGCAAAAAUACCUGCCAUCUGUUGUAGCUAACAAAUUUUUCUUCGGAAAGUGGUUAAAGAGACUGAUCGGCGCGGGCGACUUGCACGGUGCUCAUAGCGUCGUGGCGUUUAUGGGAGAGAAGGGUAUCGAUCCCUCUCCUAUACAACUUAACGGUCUCAUCGCAGCCUGGCAACGAGCGGGUGGUACUGAGGAUCUUGAGAAGGCCGAUGAGAUGGCCUGGGGCAUGAUUGACACUCGCAUCGAGUUUGUGAAGGCCCGAGGAAACGAUGCGGCCUUACAAGAUAUACCAUCAAUUAAUAGUGGCGCGAUACCUCUUCCGCGAGCCACUUUGGAGACCUUCUCACUGCUAGCUGAGAACUAUCGUCUACGAGAUUUACACGACCGUAUCCUAAUGCUCUGGGAGGCUUUCCGCGAAGCCGAGAUGAAGGCCGACUCAUUUGUCAUCAACCAACUUCUUGAAUCCUACAUCCAGGCAGGACAAUCAAAAGAAGCACUGGAGUUGUACCACACACUGGUACGAGAGAAGGGCGUCGAACCUGACCCCUAUACCUUCAGCGCACUAUGGAAGACUCUCGCUGUCAACCGCCUUCACGUCUCAGCUGGCCAUGUCCCAGCUCAGAUCGAGCCCACUCGUGCCAUGUUUGCCGAGACAGUCAAGUUCCAACACGUCUUCCAACCCGAUGGCAUGGAUGGACAGCUCGCUCGCAAGAUUUUACACACCUUCCGACGUAUCAAGGAUUACACGGGCUUUGUCGUCGCAUUGACAGCCCUCCGCGACGGAUUCGGCUUCUUGCCUCCUGAGACACUCGUUCUCGAGAUGGUCCUGCAGACGACAAAGCUAUCGUGGGACUCACCGGCGCAUCGGCGCCGUCUAAUGAAUACCAAGCGGGAUCUCGAUCGAGACCUAGCCGCCUCAGUUGACGGCGAUCUCUCUCGUCUGGAAGAUAGUCGUCGCGGCGAGGCUCUCUUCGAAUACCUGCAGAAGCAGUUUUGGCCAAGUGAGGGUGACAAUGAUUUCAAGAGGAAGAUGUUCAAAGAGGCAGCAGAGCAGAUGGGAGUGUACGAUAUGAUGAGAAGAGAAGUAAAGCAGUAA